AUCAACAACUGUACUGCUAUGCAGUCGCGUUGCGUACUCGCGUUGUUAAAAGUAUUCUGGCCUUGUAAAACUCAAGGCCAGACACACGUGUGGUUUGGCGAUUUUUGUUUCGUGCGUAGUUUACGAUUCAGAGUCCUCUGUAGUGGUUUUAUAGUACCAGAUGAUGACUUGGCCUUUGUAAACAUUGUGAUAAGAAGUCACAACAGAAAAAGGAAGAGAAGGUCGCCAUCAUGUCCAAUCCACGAAAAUUUUCCGAGAAAAUUGCUUUGCACACUCAAAAACAGGCAGAAGAGACAGCAGACUUCGAAAAAAUCAUGAACGAAGUCAGAAACGCCAAGCCUAAUCAAAUCAAUGGUGACUGUAGCCCCUCUCAUCUAGUCAUCAGCCCUAUUUCACCCUUCAGGGCAGGCUCAUUGCCCAAUGUAAACUCUCCCUCCACCAAUUCCACAUCAAUUGAUCUUCAGAGUGCUUUGAGUAAUCUCGGGGAUAUGCGGGCAGGACGAGAAAGUGGAUAUCGUGACCGACGAUCCGCUGGUCCAGGUGGAGGUGGAUACAGUCCUGGAUCUAGCCUUGGUUCUGUUCGCCCCUCCCGCCGUUCCGACCAAACAACCUCGCCUAACCCACACUCGUAUCAAAUGCAUCCGAGUGGAGGUCUAGUUCAAGCACCGCAGAUUUCAGGAUCUGUGGGAUCACCCAAUCUUUCAGGCAGCACUGGCGCGGGUAGUGGUGGAAAUAACGGAGGGUUGUCUACCAACGUCGCCUACCUCUCCCCACCUUUGGAUCCCUGUUGGAGGAGACAUUCAGACUCAGCUUUACACCAAGCAGCCAUGGUUUCAGGUGACGGUGUAAUUGGAAAUGCCUCCACAAACUUGUCCAGAAGAGGACAAGAUGGGAACAAUUACUUAAACAGUGCGGAUCCCGGUAAUCCUUCUCUCCACCUAGGGAUUAGUAUUCCAAGUGAUGGAAGGCCGAAGUCCUGUUGUGACGUUUCACGUGUACCUGGAAUCAACAUUUGCCCUGGCCCGGAACCCAACGGAAUUCAAAUUCCGAUCGGGAAUAACACGGGAUCGUUGCCUGAUCUGACAAAUUUACAGUUUGCCUCACCUUUAUCCGACCCAAUUGAUGAAGACGACAGUUCAUUGCAAACGCAUUCACUCUAUUCUACUAGUCCCAACGUAGUUAGUCCAAGUUAUGGCGGGAAUGGUCUAAUUGAUCACACUCACCCGCUCAACUCUUUAAAUAUGGGCUUGAAUCCCGGUCCACCGGGUGGCUCCAGUAGGGGGUCCUCUCCUGGUCCGUCACCCAGCCAGCGGCGGCGCCCUCACCAUCAGUUGGUGAAUCUGCAACUCCGCUCACCUUCACAUGGACAUUCGUCCCAGAAUCAUUCGCAAAACCAGUCCUCCAACCUUUUAAACGUGCCCUCAAGCUCCAUGAAUUCCAGGCUUCUGCAUUCCUCAAAGGGAAUCGCCUUGGAUCCGAGCGGUAUGUCGGUGCCUAGUUACCAAUCGUAUCUCUAUCAGAACAGUGGCUGCGGAGCCGACUACGGCCAGCCUAUCAGCCCAGCUCAUAGUCCUACUCAUAUGAUGUCACCCUCACAGCCUAUUCCGACACAUGGAGGCUUGUUAACGGCAUAUCGAAAUCCCCAACCGAUUCUCAGACCCAGUCCGAUCAGUUCACCUACCCUGGUUGUUCCCGGUCAUAUGAAUUACCGGAGUAACAGUCCGGGCGAUGGUACGAAUUGUGCCAGUAGCGCCCCACCCAGCCCUGUGUCACAAAGCCUCUCUCCAGCCAGUUCGCCUGGCCUGGCCGCAUCACCCGCCUCUCCUUUUACAGACCAGAUGACUACCAUGAACUGUCAAAAUCAGAUGGGAUCAGGUAGCGGAGGAAAUCUUAACCAGAUGUCAUUUUAUCCCAACCAAUCAAAUGUGCUCAACCAAUUUGAGCAGUUCAAUAUGAUGGAUUCUAGUUCCGAUCAGGCGCAUCAUAAUUACGGAAACUAUAAAUCGAACCAGUUGGGACAGGCCAACAUCAGCAUGGACAUAUCUUUGGAUCCCUUCUACAGCCAGCCGUCACAGUUCAUGUUUGGCGGAAGAUUAGAACUCAACCAGCAAACUGCACCACAAACUCCACAAACACCGUCAAGUAUUCCGGAUAUUGUUCUUCAAGAUUUCUCUUGUACACCGGAAGAGCUUGCUCGACACAACUCCCAUGAUCUUAGCUCCGCCAUGGGGUCUUCCUUUGAAGGCGUUGAUUUCUAUCCCACCGACGAUGCUCUUAGAGAUGGACUCGAUCCGAUCGAUUUUGACGGCUUGCAGAUCUUGACAAAUUCAACGCUUGUAACUGAUCCAUCAACUGAAGAUCAUUUCAGAUUGGAUCGCAUGUGAGGAUAUGCUCUCCCCGUUUCAUCAUUGUCACUCUCGUAUCGGUUGUUUUAUCGUGCUCUCUUCCUCCCGUUCGACCAACAAAUCCAUCAGGUCGUUUUUUUUUCAAUCUUAUUUUGAGAGCACGAAUCACCGUUAUGAUCUCAGCAUUGUCUUGCAUUUUUUAAAGUGAAAAACAAAACAUCUUUGAGAUGGAAUGACAGAGCAGAGAUUCAUAGCUAAUUUAUUAGUUAAUUCAAAUAUCCUCCUUAUCCCUAUUUUGUCACUUCCGCUCUUUGAUAUUAAGGUGAGGAUUUUUCUGCUCACCUUCCCGACAUUUAGGUUUAUCCAAAGUCAGAAGCCAUUCACUUACAAUUCCUUAAAUCACAUUACAUAUUCCUCAUGAAUCAUAAGUGAAACAUUACGUUGUUAAAAUUGAACAAUGUUCAGGUUUAACGACGUAAUUUUGGAGCCACGCACAACCGUUUUUUAGACCUUUUUAACCAAUUGCUAAUGAGGAUUCGCAGCUGUUGAAAGUGCGAGAAUUGUUGUCCUCUCAUGCUACCAGUUAUUAAGUUAACCCACUUCUAAAUAACAGCUUUAAGGAAAACAAAUUGAAGAAAGUCCAGAUUCUUUUUGUUUUAAACAUUUUUAAUAUCUAAAAUUUGUUGUUAAGAUUUUAUCGGAAUUUUUAUUGGUGGUAAAGUGGAUGAAUAAUUUCUAUCAACUUCUUCGGUUUUGAUUUGCGCAUUUGUUUUUGGUAAAACUGGAAGCCCGGUCACUAGAUGUUUGUGCCAUUAAAUUUCUGAUUUUAUCUGCCUAGGCCUACGGGCCCUUACGCAUUGUUAUUGCACUUUUCUUUGCCAAAGUAUCUUUCCAGAAUUUAAUUGGUACUGAUUGUUCCAACUGAGUGUGUUCCUUACGCCUAAUCUCCCACUCCCUCACUCACUCCCUACCCAUAAAAACCCAGACAAUUCUCACCUGAUUGUUUCACCUUGUUCUUCCCGACAAGAUCGACAUAUUGCGCAUUAUUAUCACUUCACUGUCAUUAUCAUGAUGGUUUUCAUUAAUAUUGUGGUGGUGUAGUUUGACAAGCAAUUUUUAUGUAUGUUGAUGAAUUUCUUUUUUGGACAGAAGAGUUUUGCGUCAGUGUUAUCGUUUUUUCUGAGGUUUGUUUCAUUUAUCGUGCAAUAUUACACAAUCAGGCCGUUAUUCGCGCUUGUUUAAAAGAAAAA